AUGCCCAGCAAAGAGAAGCUCGCGAAGAAGAAUGCGUACUUUGCCAAGCUUGUGGACCUUUGCGUGAAUACUCCCAAUGCCUUGCUGGUCAGCGUGGACAACAUCUCCUCCAAACAGAUGCAGGACAUCCGCAUGGAGCUGAGAGGGAAGGCUGUGGUCUUGAUGGGCCACCUGACAGCACAGGGUGCGGGUUGGCGUGACGUGGUGGGUGCGGACGGUGCAGAGGGCAGCAAGAACACCAUGAUCCGCAAGGCGCUGGCGAACGGCCACACCGAGCACCCUGAGGCUGGUCUCGACAAGCUCCGGGCCAUCAUCCAGGGCAACCUCGGCUUCAUUUUCGCCACGCGCGGGGCCCUGGGUGGGCAGAACUGCACCACAGAUGACAUCAGAGAGGUCUUGGGAAAGCUCCUUGGCCGAGCAGUGAAGAGAUCAGUGAAGCAAGCUGCGGAGAACUCCAUCGUGGAUUGGUUCAUCCCUUCCGGACCCACUGGCAUGGACCCUUCCCAGACCUCCUUCUUCCAGGCCUUGAACAUCGGUACCAAGAUCGUGAAGGGACAGAUCGAGCUGGUCUCCGAUUUCAAGAUCUUAGCCGAGCCUCGGCUUAAGUAUCGGAGACAUGUUGGAUGUGUCUUGCCGAACCGCGUGGGCGAGCGCGUCACAGCCUCCGGUGCAGUCCUGCUCAACAAGCUGGGCAUCCGACCCUUCGAGUACAAGAUGGAGGUGAAGUAUGUCUUCCAGGAUGCCGCUGUUUUCAGCGCAGCCGUCCUGGACAUGUCUGAGGAGAUGCUCAUCCAGAAGUUCUUGGCCGGUAUCGCCAACAUGGCCGCCUUCAGCCGAGAGGUGGGCAUCCCCACGGAGGCAGGUUUGCCUCAUGCCUUCGGCAACGCCUUCCGGAACGUGGCGGCGCUGGUGGCGGACAUCGACUUCACCUUCAAGGAGGUGGAGGAUGUCAAGAAAUUCUUGGAGGACCCUGAUGCCUAUGCCGCAGCCAACCCUGUGGCGGCAGCUGCCCCGGCGGCCGGUGGCGGUGAAGCCAAGAAGGAGGAGAAGAAGGCCAUGCGAGCCGAGCUGGUUGGGAGGGAGGGAGAAAAGCUGAUGGAGUUGGUGAAGUAUCGAGAGCGCGCAGUCCUGGAGCUUCUGCAGCACAAGGGCCGAUACGUCGAGGAGGAGAUAUUCUCGAAUGCCACGAACCUGCCCGGCUUGCGGCACUCCCUGCUUAAUGUCUUAGUGGAGCGGGCGACGCCCGAAGCCUUGGAGUGGCUCUUUAGUUAUUGGCCCAUGCUCCUGGCAUUCGGGUUGCCAGUCGCCGUCACUGGAAGAGGCCUCAUCCAGGUCUUGUGCUUUGGGACUUUCUGGCUCUUGCUGCGGCCCAUGGCGACUGCUUUGCAGGUCUCCUGGCACUACCUCGAUCCGCAGGUGGCCACAGGAGCGCUCCCACGCCUUGGCUGCUCGCCGGAGGCCAUGGUCCUGGCGGCGCACUUCUACUGGUCGUGGGGCCUCUUUGAGUUGGUCAUCCGCCAGAGGCCCCUGGCAGAGAGGCUGGCUGCUAGCAUGGCGCUCGCGGCACUUUGCUGGCCUGUGCCGAUGGCGCAGGUGCAUUUGGGCAACUUGUCUGGGCUGCACGCUGGCAGCUGCGCGCUGCUGGGGGAUCUUCUAGGUGUUCUGUUCUUUCGGUUCCUGCGGCGAGCGCCCUGUUGGGAUCUGAUCCAGGCCCUCCAUGCCCAGAAGGGCAGCUGGUGCUAUGACAACCUCACCACCUUCUGGGAUGGCUGUACAUGGCGCCUCCCUGUCGCUGGAGGGCGUCCCCAAGAGUGUCCCUUGAGGCCUACAGGGACAGUAUCAGGAUUCUCCUGCCAGGCUGAAAAACCUCCGGCCGUCGAUGAUGAGGACUUCGUGUUUUGCGUGAUGAAGAAGGCAGACCCCGCUGCCUGAAUCUGAGGCCCUUGCUGCCUGGCCUGCCAACCGCGCUGGUCUGAAGCAUGAGCCCCGCACCAAAAGGGCGAACCCCGUCGUUUCACCCAGACCCCAUGCAUUGGCCAUGGAAAAGCAGCUGCAUUGAUGACAGUCUGUCUUCCAUGUCAAGCCAUAGGUGGUAUGCGAAAGCGGUUUUUGC